UGGUCUCCAAUACUCGGGAGGCCACGGAGGUGGAUGAUUUAAUCCUAGCGUAUUCUGCCGCUUCAGCCUCUCGUGUCAACAGGGACAAGAGCGUAGUUUUCUGGUGCGGGAAGGAAGGGGACCAGUUCCCUCUUCCAGACGGUUUCCCGAGGGCCCAGCCUGAAAUUAAGAUCUUGGGGGUGGUGUUCGGACCAGGGGAUCUGGCUCUCAGGAACUGGACCGAACGGCUUGCCAUAGCUUCUAGCAAGGUGGAGGAGAGCCACAGGUGGAAACUGACGUUCAGAGAACGGGUGAACCUAAUCAAAACCUAUGUUCUGACCGUAUUCGGCUACGUCAGUAACAUCUUCCUUUUGCCCAGGUCCCUCCACGCUCGGAUGUUUGCGCUGUUCUUCCGCAUGUUGUGGGGGAACAGGCUGAACCUCAUCAAAAGAGAGGUCACUUACCUGGCCAGAAAGGACGGGGGUCUGGCCAUGGUCAACCCCAUCGUCUUCUUUACUAACACCUUCCUGAAAAGGAAUUUCGGGGCUCUCCUGAAGGACGAGCAGCCUGGCUGG